CAGAGAGAGUACCUUGAGACUGGUAUAUAUAUAUGGAUACAAUCCAAGCGGUAUUGGGCAAUAAUACUGUGCUAGUUUUCUUUUUCCUUAGCUUUGUCCGAAUAUUCUCCUGCUAUCAUCUUUGCUUGAAGCGGAAUUCCCAGCGCAAAAUCGUUUACAAUGGCUACGGAAAACAAGGCGUUGUUCUAUCAGAAGGUCCCCACCGAGUUUCCUGUACCCGGUGAGCACUUGACGAUUGAGAAAGUGCCGUUUGACCCUGAAGCUCCAGCUCCCGAUGGCGGUCUUACCCUUCAAACGUUGUACACGAGCUUCGAUCCAUAUAUGCGGGGUGGCAUGCGGCCGGCUCAAGUCAAAUCCUACCGUCCGGCAUACGAAAUAGGAAAACCACUUCCUAGCAUUUCGAUCGUUAAGGUCCUAAAAUCGAACAAUGACAGGUUCAAACCAGGCGACAUUGCAAUAGGAUUCAUGCCCAUCCAACAGUAUAUCGCUGCACCCGCAGAAACUGUCCAGGCCCUUAGGCUGCUGGAUAACCCACUUGGGCUGGACGACCUCCGCUACUUCCUUGGCGCUCUGGGGAUGCCCGGCCUCACCGCAUAUUCGUCCCUGAUGGAGAUUGGAAGGCCGAAGAAGGGAGAGACCAUUUUUAUUUCGUCUGCGGCCGGAGCCGUGGGCCAGGUCGUUGGUCAGAUUGCGAAGCACGAAGGUCUCAGGGUCGUUGGAAGUGUUGGAUCCGAUGAAAAAUUGAAUUACAUUAUUAAUGACCUUGGUUUUGACGCUGGAUUCAAUUAUAAGAAGGAAAAGCCCCGUGACGCUCUGAAGCGACUGAUCCCCGAAGGCAUCGACAUCUACUACGAGAACGUGGGUGGCGAGCAUCUGGACGCGGCUAUUGAGUCAAUGAAUGACUUUGGACGCAUCGUUACCUGUGGAAUGAUUUCCCAGUAUAACGUCAAGCCGGAGGACCGGUACCCGAUCAAGAAUCUUUUUAUGGUAGUGACCAAGAGAAUCACGAUGCGCGGCUUCAUUGUAUCUGAUCCCGGAAUGGGAGACAAAUGGGCCAAGGAGCACCGGGAGCGUGUCUCCCAAUGGAUCAAAGAUGGCACCUUCAAACCUAUGAUCCAUGAGACCGUUGGCAUCGACAAUGCUGCAGAGGGACUCGUGGGCUUGUUCCAGGGGAAGAAUUUCGGCAAGGCUGUGUUGAAACUUUGAAAGCAGAGAAAAGCAUUUAUUCUUUAAAGGGCCUGGAGAUCAUUCACAGUAAGGCAUGAGACGGUUGUGGUUUGGAUAAGGACAACGGAGUUGCGAUGUAGACUGGGCGCUGCAAUUUGUCAAUAUUGUGAUGAUCGCAAGAUGGUUGACUAGAUCCUUGAAUAAUGCAUCUGAAUAGGGCCCCCUGGUGAUGUCCUUUCGCAUCUUCCGUCCUGAAUUCUUUGGCGAAGCAGAGUUUCCAAUAAUUACUCCGUAAGAAAUACAUAGCAAAUUAUCAUC